GUCGCAGAGAUCCAGAAGAGGCUCGACAGCGAUCUGCUCUGACACGAACAGGUUGAACUUCUGAGAAAACAUCAUGGCACAAGAUGUUGACAGAAACAAGGUGCUUCAAACCAUCAGGGUGCGGUCUGCGAUAAAAAAGGACGGCAGCUGGAUCCACGGACAAAACAAUGCCACGAAAGAACAAGACACAGCAGGAACAAGCCAUGCUGUGGAAACCAAACCCAGUCCAAUUAGGGGUUUGGACGUCCUAUCGACAGCCAAAAGAUUCGAAGCAAUAGAUUCUUCACUGAGUUCUCCUCUUCAAAAGGCAGAGGUCAUUCCAUCUGAAGGGUAUGUUGGUGCUGAAUGUGAAUUAAAUUGUGCAAAACCCAGGGAUUCAACUAAUCAGGCAAGUGGUGAAAUUAUUCCUGCUCUGAAAGAUACUCAGCCCAAAGGCUCAGCGGCGGAGACAAAGCCCCAAGCACCCACAAAAGAACCUAUUCAAAGUUUUCAGGCACAGCCAGAAAAAGCAUUUACUGACGCAACUGCAGAAAACACGGAACAACAUGCUGAUGCACCAGCUGACACCUGUCACAAUGAGGCUGAGGCCUCUGCAGAUGCUGAUGUGAAAAAUCCUGCAGUCGAAAUCGCUGCUGUGGAAGGCACAGUAAGAGAGAGUGGUGAGAGUAAAGGCACUGCUGGAGUCCCUGGAGAAUGUUUAAUCAAAAGAGAACCGGCAAAUGCAACUAAUUUAGAGCAUGCAGGAGUAAACCUGCAUAAACCACCUGCUGUGGCAACAUCGGGAAAAGAGGCGUCUCUCCAAGGCAGCGGGGAAACACCCGCUGUCAGUGAUGCAACACCAAAAGAAAAAGCAGCUUUACAAAACAGUGUCAUAUCAGUCCCCGACACUCUGCCCAAGCCAUCUGCUCAACCUGAUGGUGACGCUGUGAAGUCUGCAGAAUCUAAAUUCAAGUCUGCAAAACCCUCAGAGGCAGUUUUUAAGACCGGAACUGACGAGGUAGUGGAGUGCAAAGCUGAUAACACUGUUGUUAAAGAACAUUUUGCUUCAACACCCAAGACAGCAGCAGAUCAUGUAAAGGAGUUGAACACUGACGAUGCCCUUGAGCAUGUGGCUGCUUCAGAUGCUGAAGGUGUUCAGGAUAACACUGUGUACACGGCCAUUAGACUGACCGAUGCAUUAGAUGUGCAGACCCCCACGGCUAAGGCUGUUCCUAAACCUGUGGAAGAGCCAAAACAACCCCACUCAGAGGAGUCUAAACUGAACCAAAAGUGUGAUGAUAGCUACAUUGCUGAAGUGUUUCAAAAGCCUGCAGCGGACAUAAAGUCCACACAAACUCUGAAUAAGUCCAGUGGCAAAUCUGUUUGUUACUUCUGCAACCAAAUCUUUAAUGGAACUGUCAAGAUCAUAUUCAGUGAGCCUCCAAUGAGCUGCCACCCUGAGUGUUUAAAGUGUGGGGUUUGUGCUAGGGCCCUUGGAGACAUGCUGACCCCCAUGUUCUUGAAGGACCAAGUGAUCCAGUGUAGAGGGUGUUUCUCACAAGCGGUUAAGAAAUGAUGCCUAUUAGGGGCAAAUAUGUUGUCAGAAAAUACUCCAGGCACACCUUGAUUAAUGUCCUGUCCACAGCAUCCCUAACUUUACCGCCACUUCUUUUUUUAACAAUUGUAUCCACUAAAAGGGCAGCAUACUGUCACCAUUCUUAUUCGUGCAAUGAAAAGGCUAAAUUGAAAAUGUAGUAAAAGAAAUAAUUGCAAUGUAACUGUAACUGGUUAAAAUAAAAUCACAAUUCAACA